AUGUACUACAAUUCAUCCGAACAGACACAGUUUGAAUUACAUGUGCAGCAUCCACCAGAAAGUGGAUCCGGGUUAUAUACGUUUACGGAUGAAUCAGAUCAACAUUAUGAUACUCUUGCAAAGCAAGUUGAUAUUACCGAAACAGGCGCUGGUUAUCAAGUAGAUUUGACUUAUUUCAAUGGCUCUCUUUCAACAUUUGAUGCACAAAUUACACAUGAACAACUGAAUGUCGACGAAGACGGUGAAUAUGAUUGUGUUCUAUACUAUGACGAACAUACCAAUACCUUUAUGCUUCAACGUUUAAUUGGACAAAUCAACCUGAAGCGAGAAACUGGUAGUCUACAGAAUGGAUAUCCACAGGAUGAUUUUGAUUUUGAUCUGUCCCGAGAUAUGGAUGAAAUAUUGAAUAGCCAAGAAGAAGAUGAAGAUGGCACAGAAAAAUAUGAUGAAGUAAUGCAUAAUCAACAGCAAGUGGAUCAUUAUGAAGAACAGUAUAAUGGAAGUGAAGAAGAUAAUGAUAAUCACGAUGUAUUCGAAGAAAUUCUCCCAACUGCUUCCACGCCUCGAUACAGUCCCUUAAGUAUAGCACCUACACCUAGAUCACCCCGAUUCUCAACAGGGACAGGGUCUCAUCGAUAUACCUAUGCGUCCUCUGAAUUUAGAGGGCGUUCACCGACGCCGCUGGAAGGUUCUGUGAGUGAUCAAUCAGAAAUAGUUGGGUAUGGACCCAAUUAUAAUGUAAAUGCAGAUACAGAAUCCGACAGCUCAGAGUCUGAGAGCAGUGAAGAGCAUGAAGCUAAUGAUGAUGACGAAGAAGACGACGACGAUCUUGAUUCCUUACUAAAUGAUAUAUCCAUGACACUCACAAAUAAUGUAGCGUCAGCCCCAGAUUCUCCUAGACCAGAAUAUGUUAAUGAUGUAAAUCCAUCACAUGCUACAAGUAAUAUAACACCAUCUCAACCACAUACGGCAGGGCCAAUGUCUUUACGUGCUUUAUUUAAUGAUGGCGACGAGGAAGAAGACGAAGGCAGUCCGUCUAACUCUGAUAGUGACUAA